ACAUCCCCCCCACCCUGCUCCUCUUCCUCCCUGCUCCCAGGGAAGAGCUUCCAGCAAACAGAGCUGCUGCUCAGACUGGUCUGUCUUCACCCCCAGCAAGGAGGCUUGUCCCGGGCUGAGUACCCCAGGUUUUGAGGGAGGCAGGAUGCAAAUCGGGCUUUGGCUGGUGACCAGCACCCUGGCAGCAGUGCUGAGCACGGUCCUGCCUGAGGACGGUGUGUGUCGGGCACCGGAUGGCAGGGAUGGCUUCCCGGGAAUCCCCGGCCUUGACGGGAGACCAGGGCAGAAGGGUGACAUGGGAGACCCAGGGAAAUCAACACAGAGGACGGGCAUCCAGGGACUCAAAGGGGAUGCAGGCGAGCCGGGGCCUCCCGGCAUCCCAGGGAACCAGGGCUACCACGGUCUGCGUGGCCCCCCCGGGUUCUCAGGCCUGCCGGGGCCAAAGGGGAACAAGGGGAAAGCCGGCAAUAUCCUGGAGCAGCCACGUCCUGCCUUCUCUGCCUCACGGAGGUCCCCACCGUCCAGGGGCAGGACAGUGGUGUUUGACAACAUCAUCACCAACCAGGAGAGCUCCUACAGCCCCCAGACUGGGGAGUUCACCUGCCUCGUCCCUGGGCUCUACUACUUUGCCUACCAGGUGGUCUCCAGCGGGGACCUCUGCCUGAGCAUCACCAAGAACGGGGAGGGCGUGGUCAGCUUCUGCGACUACAACAGCCGCAACAUCCUGCAGAUGAACUCAGGCAGCAGCGUGCUCAGCCUGGCCAUGGGCGACCGGGUCUCCGUGAGCACCGACCCUGCCAGGGGCAGCUGGAUUUACAGCGGCUCUGAGGCAGACAGCAUCUUCAGCGGCUUCAUGCUCUUCCCACAAAUGGGCUGAUGGACCACCAAUCCAGACCUGCUUAGCACCAGAGCAUUGCAGUGUGCGUCUCUGCAUGUGUUUUCACCCUGCGAGUGCAUGGGGUGGCCUUAUAUUGCAUCAAACUGGAACAGCCCCAAACUGAGCCACCAGCUGGAUCCUGCUCUUCCACCACUGUCACAAAGUGGCCAGGUGCUGAGCCUGCCCGUUCCAUCCUGGAGGCAGAGGACUCAGCCACGGCAGCCCUUUCUGCUGCCGGGCGCUCAGACCCCACACUGGAGGGGACCAGCUAUCACUGGGGCCAUUCACCAGUUGUUGGUCUUCAUUCCUGAGUGGGAAAUCACUGCGUGCCACUGCUGCUGCUGCACUAACCACUGCAAACGCCUGUCUUGCGCCAGGCCACUUCGGCCUCUCACAUCCUCCCCAUCAGUAUAAAUAAACCCUUCUUCCACAAC